AUGGCGGACCAACAUGAGGUCGACCUUGACUCGAUAAUCGACCGCCUCCUCGAGGUUCGAGGAAGCCGUCCCGGCAAGCAGGUGCAGCUUCUCGAGGCCGAGAUCCGCUACCUGUGCACCAAGGCUCGCGAGAUCUUCAUCUCCCAACCCAUCCUGCUCGAGCUGGAGGCUCCCAUCAAGAUCUGCGGCGAUAUCCACGGACAAUAUUACGACCUGCUGCGUCUCUUUGAGUACGGUGGCUUCCCUCCCGAGGCCAACUACCUUUUCCUUGGUGACUAUGUCGAUCGUGGCAAGCAGUCCCUCGAGACCAUCUGCUUGUUGCUCGCCUACAAGAUCAAGUACCCCGAGAACUUCUUCAUUCUCCGCGGUAACCACGAGUGCGCCUCCAUUAACCGUAUCUACGGUUUCUACGACGAGUGCAAGCGCCGCUACAACAUCAAGCUAUGGAAGACAUUUACGGACUGCUUCAACUGCCUGCCUAUCGCCGCUAUCAUCGACGAGAAGAUCUUCACCAUGCACGGCGGUCUUAGUCCUGAUCUGAAUUCUAUGGAGCAGAUUCGCCGCGUCAUGCGACCCACUGACAUUCCUGACUGCGGUCUUCUCUGCGAUCUCUUGUGGUCCGACCCCGACAAAGACAUCACGGGCUGGAGUGAAAACGACAGAGGUGUAUCCUUCACCUUCGGCCCCGACGUUGUGUCUCGGUUCCUCCAGAAGCACGAUAUGGAUCUGAUCUGCCGUGCCCAUCAAGUCGUGGAAGACGGUUACGAGUUCUUCUCCAAGCGCCAGCUUGUGACCUUGUUCAGUGCACCGAACUACUGCGGUGAAUUCGACAAUGCCGGAGCCAUGAUGAGUGUGGACGAGAGCUUGCUCUGCUCGUUCCAGAUUCUGAAACCUGCAGAGAAGAAACAAAAGUACGUUCCUGGUGGUCUCGGAGGCAACAGCCGACCAGUCAUCUCUCCCCGGAAGUCCGCUUCCAAGUGA